AAGGGGCCACGCGUGUCUUCACAGAAACAAACAGCCAGUGUAYGUGUGUGUGUAAAAGUGGGGAAACAACACGGUAGAAACAUGUACGCUUUAGUGAACGCCUUCAUGCGCUGCCUGUCCUUCCUCCUGCCUCCUCCUUGGCUUUGUGUCAGCUUCUGCCUGUGGGUUGGGAAGGACUGUGAAGACGCGCUGCCGCGGCCCAAUCCCAGAGCUCGUUUCAAAAGCAGAAAGCCUCUUACAUAUGAGGAAGUAGCAGCAGUGGGAGCACAAGGAGGCUCUAGCUCCUCGGUUUUACCAGGUCCAGGCUGCGUCUCGCCGGCCGCUACAAGCCCCGCCGCUCCUCAGGGCCCCCCGCAGGCUCGGAUCUGGACCGGGGCUCUCUGGCGAGCCGUGGAGCGCGUCUUCGGAGCCCCCUGGGUCCUCCUCCGCCGUCGCUGGAGUCGUCGAGCAGCUCUGCGCGCCCCGUAUCCUCCACCACCACCACCACCGCCGCCUCCUCCUCUUUCUCCUCCAGCCCGUGCCUUCGAGCUGAACCAGAUCGCUCCGAGUUUUAUUAUCCAGGGACGAGGCGCCCCCGUCAGCCCGGACUGGGAGGCACCUGGUGGGACCGCCCUGACUCGUUCCAGAAGCGCGAUCAUGAUGAGCGGGGCCGUGGGGAUCCCCGGAGCCCACCCGGCGGAAUGCGCCUCAGGUGCGUCCCCGGAGGAGCAGCAGCAGCGGGGCGUCGACGAGGUCAUCACCGUGGACCAGCUCUCCCAGGAGAUGGGCACCGUGACGAUAACCGUGGCCAUCCAGGCGGCGGAGGACGAGGAGCCGGAGGACGAGUCCACCCAUAACAGCGUGGACUGUCUCCGAGGCAGCUGCAGCGAGGACGAAAUCGGGAGACAUGACAAAUCAAGUGGUGCAGGCACCAGCGGAGGAGAGCUGGAGGAGGAGAGCUGGCAGCCCCCAGAUCCAGAGCUCAUCCAAAAGCUGGUCGCUCAGAUUGAGUUCUACCUGUCUGAUGAGAACUUGGAGCACGACGCCUUCCUGCUGAAACAUGUCAGGCGCAAUAAACUCGGUUUUGUCAGUGUCAAGCUGCUCACCUCGUUCAAAAAGGUUAAACACUUGACUCGUGACUGGAGAACAACAGCCUAUGCUCUGAAGCACUCAAAGAUACUUGAGCUGAACGAUGAGGGGCGCAAGGUGCGACGUAAAUCUGCAGUGCCYGUCUUUGCCAGCGAGUCGUUACCCAGCCGAAUGCUGCUGCUAAGCGAUUUGCAGAAGUGGCCUGAACUGGCCGCUCUCACGAAAGAUAACGGAAGCUGUGAGGGUGGAGCCACUCAACAGGAGCAGCUUAUGAAGCUGCUGCUGAAAGCGUUCGGGACAUACGGCGCCAUUGCUUCUGUCCGAGUCUUGAAGCCAGGGAAGGACCUGCCGGCGGACCUGAAGAGACUGAGUGGGCGCUACUCUCAGCUAGGCACAGAGGAGUGUGCCAUUGUGGAGUUUGAGGAGGUGGAGGCUGCCGUAAAAGCCAACGAGGCCGUGGGAGGUGAGGAUGGAGGAAGCGGUUCGCUGGGGUUGAGAGUGGUCCUGAUCGGAACAAAGCCGCCUAAAAAGAAGGUAUCCAAAGAACGACCUCGCGAGGAGGGAGGGAUGCGCAAAAGCCGCUCUCUGAACAGCCGAGUGCGAGAGCUUCAGUACCACGGGGACGACUCUGCUUGCAGCUCCUCGGAGACGGAAAGCACCCCCACGUCUCCCAGUCUGGCGAGAAAGUCCCAAUCCUGCAACAAGCUCAGCCCCACCACUGCCGGCAUCGGCUUUCAGAACAAUAAUCACUUAAGUCCCGGUAUGUCUCCACGUAACAGUCCCUGGUCGAGCCCCCGUGCCAGCCCGUGCCCUCAGCGUAAAUCCCAUCAUUCCCACAAGUCUCCCUUAGUGAGCGAGGGCAGGCUGAGCCCCGAGGCUGGGCGCCGCUGGGCAGACUACUCYUCGGACAGCAGCCUCACGCCUUCUGGGAGCCCAUGGGUUCAGCGGCGCAAGCAGGUGGCCUCUCAGGAGAGCAGUCCCGUCGGCAGCCCCAUGCUGGGCAGAAAGAUCCAGAACGCCGACGGUCUGCCGCCAGGAGUAAUGAGGCUGCCAAGGGGUCCUGAUGGAACUCGUGGCUUUCAUGGAGUCACUGUUGCUGAGCGGGGAAAGAGUGCUGCUACUCAGACUUGAUCAGUGGGACUCCAUGAAAAAGGAUCCAAUGGAAACUUGUUGCUCUCCCCUUCUGUCAACAUUCGAGACUGUGUAGAUAUGUUUAGUGUGUCUGUUAUAUUUUUAUACAGCAUUUUGUGUUACCAUGGUAAGAUUAUGGGAUUUACCAAUGGGGAAAUUUAAGUGAAUGUAAACUGAUAUGGCUUUGAGAGAAAACUACAUCCAUCGCUGAAAUGGACCAUGUUGCCUAGUUUCCUCUAAGUUUGUUUCUCUUGAGACAAGCUAGAGAGAACUCAAACUUAUGUUAAAGUCUAGUCUACAGUGUAAAAUCUUGCAACCACUCUGUGUGGAUGGUGUUCAGAUGUUUAAGUGGCGUGGGCACAUGGAUUUGAUGUCACCAUAUGCCUUUUUCUGUUUUUGUUAAACAUGAAUUAUGCUUUCACAUGCUAUUUAAUGAGGCCAUAAUGGCUCCACUGCCAUAGAAGUUGGAUGUCAUUUUUUUUGUUCAGUUUUUAUUUCAUUUUCAGUAUAACUUCUGCAUUUUUAUAGGGUUUGUUUCAAAUCCUGUACGUAUUUGCAAGUAGCUGCUUUAUUUUUUUAUUUAAUUUUAUUUUUUUUAUUGUCAGUCUAAGCUCACUGUGGUUUUGAGGGAUGUUCAGGUUGGGGAGAAAAGAUGCUCUUAUGUUGCCUUUUACAUCUGAGCUAGGGCAUUUGUACACUGAGAAUCUUAUUGUACAAAUAAAUCACUGAGAUUGCAAUUUA